GUAAAUAAUGCUUACACACUAAUGAGGCAGAUCGCAUAUGUUAUUUUAUUCUUAUUUCUCCUAACAUACAUAGUGUGUUAUCAUUUGGUUCUAGAAGGAACAUUAGGCACGGGAUAAACAAUACAUUGACGUACAUCUUCAAAUAUUUUUUAUUGUGCAACAAUAAAUCAAGAUAUUUGCAAUCGCUUCAGAAUGCCCAGCUUUAAGAAACCAACGGUGAGUUGAUUGGUCGAAUUUAAACAUGCUGCUAUUCACCAAUCAGAAGCUGAGAUGGUUGAUAUGGGAUCCGGACAGCCCCUUCACUACCCAGACACCAUCACGUCCGAUCAGACACACUGUAAAAUUGGAUCGCAAGCAGCUCCGUAGGAAUUGCUCACCAAUCGACUGAACAUAUCAAAGAAAAUAGAAGAUUUAAAUCAUAUAAUCAUUGUGAUUCACGAAACAUCCAGGUACUUACUACUUCGCAGUUGCUUUCGAUGUAAGAAAAAUGAUAUAAUGAUGAAGAGAAUAAUUAAUGCUGCGGGUACAUAUUGAAAUAAGGGGAAUGUUUGACCCUGGAAAUGAGAUAUAAAAUAUAUUGGCUUCUAAAAUGCCAAUUCUUGUACUGCAUGUUCUCUUCUUGGAAUCUAGUGUUUGGACAGAUUCGUUAUUUGAUUCCUGAAGAACUGCAACUCGGCGCCUUUGUUGGGAAUAUCGCUGAGGAUCUCAGCUUGGAUAUAAAGCAGCUCUCGGCUCGCAAUUUACGGAUAGUAGCCGUGCCCAAGAAACAAUAUGUGGAUAUAAAUUUGGACACUGGCAUUUUAAUUGUGACGAAAACAAUUGACAGAGAAGAGAUUUGCGGACCAAGUCUCAGUUGUGCACUAAGCUUGGACGUGUUCCUUGAAAAUCCCUUAAAGCUGUACCAGGUUACAGUGGAGAUUCUCGAUGUAAAUGACAAUGCUCCCAGUUUCCCAAAGACACAAUUUCGCCUAGAAAUGUCAGAGCUUUCUAUUCCAGGAACGCGUUUUCCACUCGAAGCUGCGCACGAUCUGGACGUUGGAACUAACUCCGUACAAACCUAUGAGCUCCUUCCGAACGAUUAUUUUAUUCUCGAUGUGCAAAUGCGCGGUGGUAAAGUGAAGUCUCCAGUGCUGGUGGUACAACGUUCCUUGGACAGAGAAACGGAAUCCAGCUACAGGUUGACGGUGACAGCGAAGGACGGUGGUGUCCCUGUCAGAUCGGGCACGGCUCAGGUCACAAUUGUUGUAAACGAUGCAAACGACAAUGCUCCUGUCUUCCCGCAGUCAGUUUACAGAGUCAGUCUAUUGGAGAGUGUAGCCGCAGGAACGCAGGUAAUCAUAUUAAAUGCCACUGACUUGGACAGUGGUGUCAAUGGAGAGAUAAACUAUUCUUUUGGUAGCCACACUUCAGCUACAGUUCGGGAACUGUUUUCCGUGAAUUCUAAAACUGGUGAACUACGAGUGAAAGGCAAAUUGAACUAUGAAGAAAACGACGCCUUUGAAAUUAACAUACAAGCAACAGACGGAGGUCCUCACGCUAUGUCGGGGCACUGUGAUGUUUUGGUAAAUAUUAUUGAUGUGAAUGACAAUCCACCUGAAGUAAUUUUGACGUCUUUAUCACUUACAAUCUCAGAAGAUGCACCAGUCGAGACUGUAGUCGCUCUGUUCACUGCUGCAGACAAAGAUUCGGGUACAAACGGGCAGGUACAGUGCCACAUUUCAAAUAAGCUACCAUUUAAACUGGAUUCCUCUCUAAAGAAUUAUUAUGGAAUACUCGUUCAUCGUCCACUGGAUCGUGAAAAAACCGCCAAGUAUGACGUUACAGUAACAUGCGAAGAUUUCGGAAAUCCUCCUCUUGCAUCCGAGAAAAUCAUUCGAGUCGAGGUUUCCGAUAUAAACGACAAUGCGCCCCAUUUCAGACAAUCUUUAUUUACAACAAACGUAAUGGAGAAUAACGAAAUAGGUGCUUCUAUAUUUUUCCUUACAGCCUUUGAUGCCGAUAUUGGAAUGAACGCUCGACUGAAAUACUCUCUCCUGGACACUCCGAUUCAGAACGCCUCCGUGUUCAAUUACAUCUCUAUUAAAUCGGACACUGGUAUCAUAUUCGCGCAGAGAGCUUUCGACUACGAGGAAAUAAGAAACUUUCAGUUUCAAGCUCAGGUCAUGGACUCCGGGACGCCAUCACUCGCAAAUAAUGUUUCAGUGGAUGUUAUUAUCCUCGAUCAGAAUGACAAUGCUCCAAUCAUUGUGCAGCCAUUAGUCGAAUUUGGAUCAACAGCAGUAGAGACAAUAUCCAGGUUUGCAGAACCAGGGUCUUUAGUGGCCAAGGUAUCCGCCAUUGACGCUGACGCCGGUCACAAUGCUCGCCUUUCUUAUUCGAUUUUUCAAGCUACCCAGCAUAAUCUUUUUACUAUUUCACCAGACUCUGGGGAGAUUUGGACAAUCCGCCGUAUCGUUACUCGAGAUGCCUCAAAGCAAAGGUUGGUGAUUCUUGUAAAAGAUAAUGGAUCACCAUCUCUUUCUGCCUCAGUGACCAUAAUCUUAUCUGUGAUUGGUGGUGAAGCUGAAGCUUUCUCGAACAUCAGUGGUUCAUCUGAAAAUCAUGGAUUCGAGCCAGAUCUGAGCCUUUCUUUGGUCAUCGCAUUAGGAACCAUUUCUAGCCUUUUUCUCGUCAUUUUAGUUAUUCUCGCUGUGAAGGUUCAUAAAAGCAGGAAUUCACUUGGUGGUCAGCACUGUUCUCUGGGAGUUUGUUGUUGCCUUGAAACCACACAUUCUCUGAAUGGAAUUCAAAAGGCUAGUAGAAGCCUUCAGAUACCCCCAAAUUAUGUUGAGGUAUUCGGUGGCGACCCACUUUCUCAAAGUUUCCGCUAUGAGUCAUGUUCAACAUUGCAGUCAAUGAGGAGAGACUACAUAAGUCCCAAUACAUCCAGGCCAUCCACGGACAAAACGUAUGCCCUGACUGAUUAUAUUGGGAAACAGGAUCCAGAGUUGCUGCAUACUGAGAAGUUCAGCAACCCUUUGAGCAAUGAGGUAAAGCAACCGAAUGCUGACUGGCGUUUCUCACAGACUCACAGAGCUGAACUAAACAGUUCCCAAUAUCGGGAGGAGGAAGGAGUACAGCGUGAUAUACAGCGUGAAGUUCAGCGUGAGGUGCAGUGCGAUGUCCAGUGUGAAGCACCUCGUGAUGUCCAGUGCAAUGUGCCCCAUAACAUUCAACAUGAGGUUCAGCGUGACGUUCCUUGUGAAGUGCAGCGAGUGGUUGAGAAUGAACCUAGUGGAGCAAGGAAACCAGCAUGUGCAAGGCCUGUAGCCAUCCCUGCCGGUAGAGACGGGUGGACACUACCACGGACAGCUCCGCGAAUGCAGUUGCAGAUGACGCUAGGCCCUCACGUACCAGGAACCUUGCGAAGUCAGUAUCUCAUCCCCCGAGAGCUACAUACGAGUGGAGCACGUAUCAGUAAUUCAAGCGUGGAGUUCAUUGCACCCAUUGUUGGCAGCCUGCAUGGUCCAUGGGCUGCAAAUCAGACACGAGAUCAUAGAGGCAUCUCCAGUUCGAGUGGCAGGAGACCAGAGCUGGACACCCAGGCUUGCGGUCAAAUUCCCGGUUCACCAUCAGGCCAACGACUAUCUACACAAUGUCUACAUUCCCGGGACGACCACCACUCUCUCCGGGAAGUCAACUACUGAACGUGAAGGGAGGAAGUCCUUCAUUACAUUCGGGAAGAAGAAGAAGAGUGGUAAAUAAAGUGAAGAAGAAACAAGACGGAAUUGAAUAUUAAUGGUGAGAAUUAUAAAAUGGAGCUGCAUGACUGAAGCACGUUUUUUAAAAAUAAAUUACUAAAUGUCACUCAAAAAAAAUCACUGGACCAAAGCAGGUCCUUUGCUGCACUAAGUAUUAGUUUGAAAGGGAAUGGAGUUUUCUUUAAUUGCAUUUCCAGUGUGCGAGUUCACAAUGCUUCAGUAAUCCUCAAUGAAAUAAGGAUCAACUGCACCAACUGCAAAUGCUUUCUUGUUUAAGAUAGUCUGUGUGCUUAUAGGUGCGAACAUUUCUCUCUGAACAACCCACAGUUUAAGGUAACUGAGUUCAGGCUGUGUGGCUGUAAUAUCAUUGCCACAUGGAAUUUGGCAGGAAUAUUGUUACUUCAUCAAAUACCAUUGAACAACUAAAACUGGUUUCAGGCCAGUAUUACAACAUUUCUAUCAAUGGGCAUGAUCCUAAGCACUGGCUUGACAAAGGAAUGAUUUGAGGAAUACUCCCAACAUGGUAUACUAUGCUCUGAUGAGGCAAAAGUCCCUCCACUCUUCAUGAUUCCUCUCAUGAUGGGCUUAUAAGUUCAGUUCUGACAUAGUGAUUGCUUGACCCUUGGCAGAAAUUGCAUGCACAAGGCCUUUUCUUUGUCACCUCUGUUUGAAGAGCAAGAUAAUAGAAUGUGCUGGAGGCCAUCAACAUCUGGAAUGGCUGUAACCAGAACUCCACAGAUAGAUAGAAGAAACAGAUUUUUCUGAGUUUUUCAAUUAAUGAGGAGCGAGUCUGCAAAACCUUUGAACCAUGCAAUGCGGACUAUUGGCAUGGACCAUCUUUCUCCAUUUCAUAGCAUGCAAAGGCUGCAUACCAAGUUUUGGAACUGGAACUAGGGUAGGUGCGUGUUUGAUGAUUGGCAUGGACAAAAUGGGCCAAAGGGCCUUUUUUCACACUAGAAAACACUAUGACUACACAUGUCAGCAGCAGCAGAGAGAGAGAUACUCUAACUUAAGUCACUGAGAAAUUGUGCCUUCCCUGGAGAAAUGGAAGUUUGAUCUUCGCUCAUCACCAUGAUGGGGAAAAGUUAAGGAAAACAUUUAAAGAAAAUCCAUUCCCUUCAGUAAACAGGUGUUGCACAAUGCUAGCAGCCACAAUUUUAAUUCAGUCAACCAUUCAUUAUAUUGUGUCUCCAUUUAUUCAGUCCAAUAUGAUAAACAGCCUUAACAUAGAUUAAGGAAUACUUUAAGCGUCCAUUUCCUCAUUGUGCAUGUUAGCCACACUGAGGGUUAUCGCUUGCAUUACAUGUUCUGUAAUUUAUUCACUGUUUAACACCCCAUAUUUAGCUUAAGGAGGGGUGAAACAGGUCAGAAAAGAAACAAAAGGAAAAAAAACAAAGUGGAAAAGAAAAAUAUUUGCAAUAUGAUUUCCUCCAUUAGUUUGUUGAAUUGUAUGAGUUGUCAGUCAGAGCUAACAGGUGGAGUACUAACCAGGAAUGGCAUCUGCCCAAGAACUUUGACAUUGUCUGUCCCAUUCCUUUGGAGUUCCACUUGAUCCUAAGCUGGCAGAAAUGGUGACUAUGGGCAUACACAAGCUCAUGGAUUUGAGUGCUAUUUCAUCUGCCUGAAAUAGAACAUUUGAUGGGACAAGGCUUACUAAGAGGGAAAAGAAUGAGCAGUAAGAAAGGAGGGAUGUAGAGUGCAAUGAAAUACCAAAAAAAAGAUGCAGUUACAAAUGGAGCUAAGGUUAUCACCGAGAAAAGGGACCAAAACCGAAUAGGAGGGUUAGAUCAGAUAGAACCAUAGAAAAGAAUACCCUGAGGCAUCCUUUGGUGAAGAUAAAAAAUUGUUAAGAACUUAAUAAUGCUUCUGCCUCAAUAUACAUGGUAGUGGAGAAUAAAAUUCAACAAACUUUCAUCUUGUUUAGAAUGUAUUUAGAAAUUCCAGACCAACUACAAUGGAGUAGAUCUCAACUUUGACUGGUCAUGUUAAUUGGAAGAUAAGCAAGUUAGCAAAUCCUGUUACACCUCAGUUUUUAUUUCUGUCAAAGUGGAUAGAUAAUUGGGUGCAGUACAGAAGAUAUUACCAACUUGCUAUCAUCCAAUCCACACCAUUGUACAAUGUUAAGAUCUACCUCUCUUUUCUUCAAUGUCAAUUAACUUUAGCACGGAUAGCAAAUAGAGAGCCCUAACGUCCUAAGUUCAGCGAGGAACAAUCACCUGGCCUUCCUGCCCCUGCUUGCAAGCUAAAAACCACUACCAGAGGUCCAAGUGGACUAUUCAUUAGGACCAGGUAUAGGAGUGCAGGCUGUGCCCAAGGAUCCAUACAGAGUCAGUGCCUUUAAAAGAACAGAAAAGAAAGGACAGAAAAAGACAUUGGCAGAGUUGAAAAACAAAGAUUCAUUGAGUUCAUUCCCAUAGAGGUGAUAAAUAUGGAUUGAGCUAAAGUUUUGUGGAACAGGGACUUGAACUAUUGAGAGAUUAUUUGGAGUCCUGUCAUUUAACUUUAUUUAAAAACUAGCGAUAACCCUAUAACAUAUUUUCUCUAAGACUGGAUCAAUCAGCCAUAGCUUUGAAAGUAAAGCUUUGGUAGCCAGUGCAGGAGAGGUAGUCUGUAGUUGUUUUAAUAUGUAGGCAUGCUGAAUAUGUCCUGUGAGUAUUGAAUAUACAUAUAUCCAUAUACAAGUAACUGUUUUAUUUCUUAGAAAAAGCAAAAGACUGAAUUAGAUCUCGAGACAUUGUGAAACUCUUUGUAGAUUUUUGGAUGUUUUUUGCUAAAACUUGUUUUAUUACAAUUAUACUGUGUGGUGUUGUAGAUUUCUUAUACACUGCUUUUUAAGUACAAUUAUCCAACAGUUGUAGAACAUAAAGUGGUAGAUUCUUUCUAAUGAUGUACAUGUCUAUUUCUGAAGUUUGCUUGCAAUUGCUGACAUCAGUAUAAUAGUCUGUAUGACACUUAGUGAAUAUAUUGUGCCCUGUAUUUUUCUUCAAAACUAAAUUGCUGUAGUCCUAGUGUGACAAUCUUGCUUUCCUUUAAUUGCAGUAGAUUAUAGUAGUAAUGUUUUGCUCUAACUUCAGUCUUUACAUUAAAAUUAUUCCUUUAAUCCAA